UAACACGACGCUCUUUGCGCGCGAAAUAACUGUCAACGCCGCUCCUACUGCCCGCCGCAUCUCCCAUCCGCAUGCGGCGGCUUAUACUCCUUUUCGCUCUUCCAAUCCACCAUUGAUAUAGAAAUUCAAGCUUGGAUCUCUAAAGUCCAAACCCAAUUAUUGUGAAAAUAAGCUCGACGAGCGCCAUCCUCUCGGCUCGACGUGCGCCAUCGGUCCCCCACCAAGUCUCCGGUGAGCCUUGGGAGCAAAGCUUUCAGUCAACAGGCCACGUUUUCGCCGCGAUUCGGGAGUUCCACUGUCGGCAGCGGUUCCUCGUUGAAUAAUUGGAGAACGGAUAUAUUGUGAUGGCUGAUGAUUUCGAUCCAUUUGAUGAUAUCUUUGGUAAUGAGCCAGUGAAGAAUGCUAGGGCAGCAGGAAAGUUUCGGCCCAAGCCAAAGGUCCGACCACAGAAGAAGGUCUCAGCAAAAAGUUCGGUUGCUUCCUCACAGGCAGUCCAAACUGUUCAUUCUGCACCACAUGACUCAAGUGAACCUAUCCACACUGUGAAGCCGCUGGAGCAAAGUUCAGAUGUUGUGCCAAAUGACAAGCCCGACUUUCAUGCUGUGUCAGUAGAAGAGAAUCCUGAUGUAUUAAUUGGGUCUGAAGCUUAUACUGAUUCUCUUCAUCACACUGAUAUCGGAUGCACCAUCCCUUCUUCAAAGGAAGUUGCUUCUAAUUCCCCCAACGAUGAGAAUAUAGGAGGAAGGGUAGGGACUCAGGUUUUUUCAUCCAUUGACGACUCUACAAAUACAUGUAAGAUGGCUGAGGUUACUAAAGAUUCUGACCUGGCAUCAAGAGUAGAUGCCUUAGGCGCUGGACAUGUUGCCACGGCUGAUGCUUUCGAUCCAUUUGAUGAUAUCUUUGAUAAUGAACCAGUAAAGAAUGCUAGGGUAGCAGGAAAGUUUCGUCCGAAGCCAAAGUUCCAACCACAGAAGGUCUCAGCAAAAAGUUUGGUUGCUUCCUCAAAUGAAGUUCAAUCAGUUAAUUCUGCACCACAUGACUCAAGUGAACCUAUUGUUAAGCCGCUGGAGCAAAAAUGCACCAUCCCUUCUUCAAAGGAAGUAGCUUCUAAUGCCCCAAAAACUGAGAAUAUAGGAGGAAGGGAAGGGACUCAAGUUUCUUCAUCCAUUGACGACUCUACAAAUACCUUUUAUGUGGCUGAUGCUACUAAAGAGUCUGAUCAGGCAGCAGAAGCAGAUGCCUUAGGUGCUGGUGAGCCUCUAGUUUCAAGUGCUGAUGUAUAUAAUGACAUGGAUGGCAGACGGGUAAUAGAGGAGAUGGAUGUCAUGGAUUCUGUAAUGCCAGACUUAAACUCACUUCAACAAGAUUCUGCAGAAAAUAAUUCGAUUCCUACAUCUCAAAACGGCGAUGCUGUUGAUCUUUCAUCUCCGGGAUUCACUGAUACUUUUCCCACCAAAUCAACAUCUGAACUUCCUUUGGAUGAAGAGUCUAUAAAUCUGAUGGAGGUGCCUCAAUCAGACUCGUGUAUCCAUGUGGAGGAUUUGCCUGAAGUUCCCUCUAAACUAGCUUCUCGUCGAGCAAAGACCGGAAAGCAUAAACCCAGUGCUGCAUCAGGUAAGCAGCAAGCUUCAACAUUAAGUGAGGAGACUGGAGCAGCUGGUAGAUCAGUACGCUCAAAGAAAAGGGAUACGAGUGUUGGUAAAUUAGUGGACGAGGAAGGAGAUGAAACCCUUGCCAGUGGGCAACUCUCUGAAGAGCAUCCUUUCAGUUCUGCAAUAGAUGAACAAAACAUAAAUAGUGAGCAACCUCAAGUGGAAAAUGGAUCACAAAAGAAAAACUCGAAGCGGAAAUUGAAGAAAACUGAGAAUGACAAAGAAAAACCGCCUAGAAAGAGCAAGAAGGCAAAAGAGGCACCAGAACAGGAGACAUGCACAAAGCCGAAAAAGUUCUCUCACUCCACUCGGCGGAGACGAAUUUUGGAUAAGAAUUUGCUCAACAUUCCUGAAGAAGAAUUUAACCCUAGAGAGCUGUCUUUUAGGAAUUUGAUUCUCCUUGCAGAGUACAAAGAGAAGCAGAUGAAAACAACGGGACAGGCAGCAGCACCUGCAACACACCAGAGUACUCGUAAUUCUGAUUACAAUUAUGAUCCAUCUACUGGAUUGUACAAUAACGAUGAAGAAGACGGAGCUCAAGUAGACACCACAGAAUACUUCAAUUAUCAGUCUAGAAUGGAAAAAACACCCAGAGUAAGAUGGACAAAACAGGAUACUGAACUAUUCUAUGAGGCUGUGCAGCAGUUUGGGACCGACUUUUCUAUGAUAGCACAGCUUUUUCCUGGUCGUACCCGGGAACAGAUAAGGAACAAGUACAAGAAAGAAGAACGACAGUACCCACUGAGGCUUCGUGAAGCCUUUACUAACCGCAGCAAAGAUCUGUCCCAUUUCGGAAAGGUGAUAGAAAACUUAAAUAAAAUAAGGGAGCAAGAAGAGUUGGAAGAUUGCACGAGCACCGAAGGGGUCCCGGAUGAGGGUGUGUCAAAUGCUGAUGAUGAUGGAGGAAAGCACGAGGAUGGUAAGAAAGAGGAGAAUGAGGACGCAGCCACGGACACAGCUGAGGUUCAGAGCGCUGCAAAGCCGGAGACACAGGAGGAGGAGGAGGAGGAGGAUGAGGAAGAUGAACUAUCGAGAUAUAGCCAAAUUAUGGGUGAGAUGAAAUUCCUGUAAAUCAAUUAUUUUUUGUAUUCCAUUAGAGUCGAUCUUGGUACUUAGAGGAUAUAAUAUGGUCUCGAAACCACUCGGCCAAAUAGGGCAAAGGGUUUAUUUAUAAAACCACUAGUUUGAAUAUUUAGAGUUCCAACAAAUGAAUAAGAUUAUUUCUGUCAUAUUCCUACUUAA